CCCUCCUCCUCCUUUUUCUCCUUCUCUUCCUCCUCAUCCUCCUCGAGUAUCUGUGAACAUCCUUUCAUGCUGCAGCUGGUCCUGGGCCUCCUAUCCCUCUGUCUGCUCAUUUCUCGUGUUGCAGGCUGCUAUUCCACGAAGCUGUAUUCAACCGAAGAGUUAAGAUGAGAAAAAGUGGUAUCCUGAACAAAGGGUAUAUGUGUAGAGGCUUAUUCCAGAGGGAAAUAUGGUUCUUUUCUUCCUAUCCUGAAGUGGAGCUGGAAAGUGUGAAAGUGAAUGUAACCAUCCAGGACUUUGUGGCUGAUGUGGUGUCUGAGCUGUUUUUCCGCAACACACAGCAAGUCUCUAAGGAGAUCAUGUUCAUAUUUCCUGUGGACUCUGAUACUGUUGUACACACCUUCUAUGCUACCAUGGGGGACACUCACAUUGAAGCAAUGCUCUGGGAGAAGGAGGAGGCCCAGCAGCUGUUCAAAGCCACUUCAGGCAUGGAGAAUUUAAGAUACCUGCAGAACCAGUGGGAUCUUUGGGGUCCUGUGUUCACUUGUUUCCUGGGGACCCUGCCUCCUGAUGGGGAGGUCGCCAUCAGCCUGUGCUAUGUCCAGGAACUGCCAAUGCAGCCUGAUGGAGCUGCCCAGUUUUGCUGGCCACGCGACCUGUUCCCCCGGACAAACUGCAUUAGAUGGCUUUUUUCUGAGGAGGAGAUGUUCAAAAACCUGAACUUCAGCAUCUGCCUGAAGUCAGCCCAUGGUGUGUCCCAUAUAGCCAUUAACAGCAGCCACACUCCUCUGCAAUACAUGACUCCAGAUCAAACAUCUGCUGAGGUAUCCUUGAAAUUGCCACCCUGGAUGGAGGAUGAUUUGAACUUGCUGGUGUAUUACAGGGGGUCUCACACACUCAGUGCUGUGGUGGAGAGGAGAGAUCCCAAAGCCCCACCUGGCUCUCUGCUGGGAGACCCUGUGGUGAUGGUGACACUGAUGCCCAGCAUUCCUGAGGUCGAGCCCAACCUAGACCAUCUUGGGGAAUUUAUCUUUCUCAUGGACUGCAGUCUCUUCCAUGAUGCACAGAACACCCUGCUCUUCCUCCUCAAGAGUUUGCCUCUGGGCUGUUACUUCAACAUCUACAUUUUUGGGGCCACUUUCCAUGCCUUCUAUCUGCAGAGUGUGGAAUACACACAGGAAAGCAUGAUCAAUGCAGUGGGGCGCAUCUCCUCCAUCUGUCCUGAUCUGGGCGGCUGUGACCUGUUGGGUGUCCUAAGGUCUAUCUACAGCACUCCUCUCAUUCAUGGAUAUGCCCGCCAGCUUUUCAUCUUCAUCCAAAGGAAGAUUUCCAGUGAAGAGGAAGCUGUCAUGGCUGAGGUCUACCAUUACCGGGACCAGCACCGGUGUUUCUGUUUUCCUACUAAUAGAUGUGACAGCUUCAACCUUUUCCAGGCCAUGGCCCUGGAGACCAAAGGUGAAUGUGUGUGCAUCCACUCUAGGAUGGAGAUGACAUCUGAGGCAGUGAAAUGCCUACAGCGGGCUUUGCAGCCUCUGGCAAGUGGGAUCUCACUACACUGGGAACUUCCACCUGGCCUGGAGGUGUCAAUAAUCAGAAAAGCUCCUGAGAUGAUCUUCCAGGGACAUCAGAGCUCCAUCUAUGCCCAGAUCCAUGGGCAAGCACAGGAUCCAGAGGUGGGUGAGGGGGCUGUGACCCUUCAGUACCAUGUGGGCAGCCAGUCCUUUGAUUACACACUCAGAUUCUCACUGUCGCCAUCAGCAGACAACAGGAUGCCUGUGCACCGGAUGGCCAUGAUGUACUUGCUACGGAAACUGGCCUGGGAGGGGACAAGCAGGACAGAGAAAGACAUCUGGCACAGUGCAGUUAAGUCCAGCCUCAGCAUGGGGGUCCCGUCCCCCUUCACAUCCAGUGUGGCAGUGCGCAUGAAACAGAGGGAUGUCUGUCAUCGUGAUUCUUUGCCUCCAGACUCCUCAAUGUUUUUCUCUCCCUCUUGCAACCUGGUUCCCUGCCAGCUGCUCUGGUUGCGGGGCUUCAAGCCUGUGUGGUUCAAGUCCACCAAGUUUUGGAUGGUCCAGAAGUGCCAGUUCUUCCUUGAGACACUUGGUUGCAAAGCCUCUGACACCGAAGCACUCACUCAUCUUUCAGCAUCCUGUAAAGACCAGAAGCUUCCUCCUGAAGAGCAGGCAAUGGAAGAAAAAACAGCAUUUAAUAUGAGUUGGGACUGGACAAUUUCACCACUGUCAACAAGACUGUGUGACUUCUCUGGCCUCAGGGUAGUGGUGGCACUCCAGAAAGCAAAUGGCUCCUGGGCCCUCAGUGCAGCUCUGGCCUCCGCCCUGGGGCUCAGCAAGGCUGAUGUUGAGGUACAAAGACCCAGUGAGCAUGUGCAGCCAACUGCCUGGGCCACAGUUUUGACUUUAGUCUGGUUGCACCAGUAUAAAUGGAAGGUAUCUUGGUUAGAGCUUCUGGAGGCCAAAACUUGUAGGUGGCUGCGGGACCAAGCUGAGGCCCAGCUGGAUGAAUGUCUGGAGGCAGCGAAUUCCCUCUUAGGCUGCUUUGUGGAGCCCACUGUCUUCAGGAUUUGAACCUACCAUGCUCCUGGGUGUGGGCAAGAAGCUGUUUGGCAACACAGCCAGGACAGCUGACUCAAUCUAGCCAAAGGGAUAUUCCAUAGCAUUAACAUCAUGCCCUUGUGGGAGUGACUGAGUGGCUGGGUUGGAUGCUUAGAUGCUAUCUGGGGCCAACCCACUGCAGCUGACUUCUUCACACAUAUGGUCUCCAUCAUAAUAUGAGAGUUUCCACUGAACUCUGAAAAAUAACUCUAAAUAUAUAUAUUAAACUUUGCUUCAUUUUUCCACAUACUGCUUUUCUCUGAGGUUUACCCAAACAGUCAUCUGCUCAAAAUACUAGGUCUUGGGGAGAAAAAUCAUGUUCAGAUACUACAGAAAAACACCUUCUUCAUGGUAGGGGCAUGGAGUAGAGAAGGAGGCAGGCGCAAAGAGGUGAAACUGAGCCUGGGAAUAAGGGACCAUGGGGAAGAGUGGUUAAGUUUUUGACUUUGUUUCUCACCAUCCUACUCUAUUUUUAAUUGCCAAUAAAUUAUAUUAAUCUUCCCUAAG